AUGACGGAGACGGUGUCGUCACCUGCGUUGCAGGUCAUUAUACUGGGCUCGGGAGGUGGCCCCCAAGAGUCAAAUACGACAGCGUUUCUCGUUCGUUCAGUGCCCCUGAACUGGCGCAAGGGCUCAAUAGUGGCUGUCGAUGGGGGCGUCCACCUGUCUGCCAUCACUCGCCUCAUUGAGGAGGCCUUGCCAGAGUCACCACCGCCGACGCCGACGCCAUCGUCGGUUCCUGCUCGUCAGAUCCUGACCAGCGGGCCCUUUGCUGGCCUCGAGCUGCCCUUCACCACGGCCUCGGCGAACGCUGCCUAUGUCACGCGCACUCUCGUCGAUACCUAUCUCAUCACCCAUCCGCAUCUGGACCACAUCUCUGCCUUUGUCAUCAACACAGCAGGCUUGCCCGGCACUCGUCCCAAGAAACUUGCCGGCCUUCCCGGUACCAUCAAAGCCCUCAAGGACCACAUCUUCAACAAUGUCAUAUGGCCAAAUCUCAGCGACGAAAACAAUGGUGCCGGUCUCCUGACAUAUCUCAGACUGGUAGAAGGUGGAAGUCCUGCACUGGGCGAGGGGUAUCUGGAAGUUUGUGACGGGCUACUGGUCAAGACGUGGAGCGUGAGCCACGGCCAUUGCAUGGAGAAGCACACACAUCGUGGAUCCUUCUGCAACCCGGCACCAACCCGUCACGGUAGUCAAGAUGGAUCAAGCAUACCGCUGCGGCGCGAUACCUACUAUCCUCACGGUCAUGACUUUGCAACCCAAUUUGCCCGUCGUGAACCCUUCAGCCACCUCUACCCCACAUCCUUCUCACGGCGGCAGAGCAUGAUGCCCCAGGCUGCGCUUGGCAUGGCCUCGCCUGUUCUCGGACCCAGCGACUUUGAGCCACGGCCAUGUGUCAACGACUCGAGCGCGUACUUUAUUCGGGAGGAGACGUACGAGCGCGAGGUGCUCAUUUUUGGAGACGUGGAGCCGGACAGUCUUUCUCUCAGCCCGCGGAACCUGAUGAUCUGGCAAGAGGCGGCGCCCAAGAUCGCUUCUGGGAAGCUGGCGGCCAUCUUUGUCGAAUGCAGCUAUACUGACGCACAGCCCGACGAGCGGCUGUUCGGCCACCUGAAGCCCGCCUAUCUCAUCGAGGAAAUGCAGGUCCUGGCCAACGAAGUAGAGGUCGCACGAACGGCACGUUCGCUUGAGACUAAGAAGCGCAAGCGGGAGGCUGAGGAGGAGCAGGAGAUGCAGCGGAAGAAGGUCCCGAUUGUGACCAUGCAGAGCCCGGGAUCCGACGAUCCGGUGUCGCCCAAAUCGGCCAACCCGCUCAACACGGCCGGCGACUACUUCCUCUACGGCGCGCCCGAUUCCGAGACGCCACACAUUGCCACCCCUACCGGCGAGCUAUCACUAGAUGAGUUUGCGGCUCCUGGCCCGGGACUACCGCCGCCCACUCCGGCUGUCACUGCCGCCGCUGAUGCUGGCGUCAAGAAGCCCCUCGAAGGCCUCAAGGUUGUCAUCAUCCACGUCAAGGAGACGCUCGCGGAUGGCCCGCAGGCCGGCGACUCAAUACUGCAGCAACUGUUGGACCAUGAGCGGGAAGCGCAGCUGGGGUGUGAGUUUAUCAUAUCCAAACCCGGGCAGAGCUUCUACUUUUGA